GUAAGGAUGCUGUCAGGUUGCCGUGGUUUCAGCCUCUCGUUUCUUGUGGCGACCAUCGUCAGGGAUGUGUGUGUGUGAGGGUGAAGGGUGUGUGAGUGUGACUGUGUGUGUGUGUGUGUGUGUGUGUGUGUGUGUGUGUGUGUGUGUGUGUGCGUUUGAGUGGUGGUUAUUACAACUGUAAGGAUAUAUGAAUGAAGAAAGGCGGAGAGGAAGGAAAGGAAGGACAGGGGGAGGAAAGCGGCAUUGAAGGGUGGAUCUGGAUUAACGUCGCUGCAGACAAAAAAAUCUGUCAUUUCCUCUGAGCUGCAGAGAUCUGAGAGGACAACAGAAGCCUCAUCACUCCAUCUUUGUUUCUGCAGAGGGAGCACUGAAGGAGGGAAGGAAGGAGUCAAGGACUAAAAGGGGGAAAGAAAGGAGGACUGAAACAAGAAAAGAAGAAUAGGAAGCAGGGAAGGAAAUAGGAUCGAAUCAGGGAACGAGGGAGAGUGGGAGGAAGAGGGAGUCUGAAUCCUUGCUGGUCAUCAGAGGACCACAUCAUCAGCAUUCCCCGGUAUCAGGACGUUCACAGGCUAACAUCACCUGAACUGUCCUGCUUCUGCUCUGAGGUUUUCCUGCUAUUUGUGGAUGUACCAGUUGAACUGAACAAGAUGUGAGCAGAUGUUACACGAGCCAGCGUUGCUGCUUUCCAGCUUCUAAACAAUCUUAAGGUUAUUAGGGAGUCAUGACAUCACAGGAGGAAGGAUCUUCAUUCAGGAGGUUUUUCCAAUACGUGGAGGACAGUGGACUUCGAAUAUACGAUGGUCUGGUGAUACAAAACGCCUCCGACAUUGCUAGAGAGAGCGACCGCAUUCGCAACCAGACCAAUUGGACGUACCUGCAUGAAAAACACCAGAAAAAAAGACGGCAGGAAGAAAGCAUCAAGAGGAUUGGUGAGGAUGUUGCCGCGGCCUCGGAUGGGGCAUACUCCGGGAAACACUUCAGGAUGGGUUUCAUGACGAUGCCAGCUCCACAGGACCGACUGCCCCCACCCAGCCAGGGCUUCACCGUCAGAUCCCAGUCCCUCCACUCAGUGGGCGGAGGUGAAGAUGACUCCAACAGCAGCCGCAAACAACCCCCACCCAAACCUAAGAGAGAUCCCAACACCAAACUGAGCAGCAGCUCCGAAACUGUGGAUGGGGGUGGAGUUACAAGAAGAGACCACCAAGACACCAAAGAGAAGCUAGAACAGGCUGAAGCUCAAUGUUUCCUCCACUGUGAAGAUGCCUCCAAGAAGAUGCCUCCACCUAAACCCAAGAGGAAUCCCAACACUCAGCUUAGCACCUCCUUUGAUGAGUGCUACAUCCGUAACCAUGGCAACAAGAAGCCUUCCUUGCAAUGGGACAAAUCUUCAUCCCAAAGUCAAAGUUCAGCAUCCAGGGACACGGAUGAUGAGGAGCCAGUUUACAUUGAGAUGGUGGGAAACAUCCUGCGAGGGCUGAAAGGUCAGGAGGCAGAGGAGGACGACCAGAACGAAUCGGUGUACGAGGAGAUGAAGUACCCAAUGCUGGAAGACUUUCUGCAGGACACGAAUGCUGCCAUCAUUGACCCUGACGCUUGGUCAUCCCGCGGCUCACUCUGUGACAUUCCUCCACCUUUCCCAAAUCUCCUGACUCACCGCCCACCACUGCUCAUCUUCCCACCUGCCCCCGCUCAGUGCUCCCCGAACUCAGAUGAGUCCCCCCUCACCCCUUUGGACGUCACCCGCCUCCCAAUGUUAGAAAACGUCUCCUACAGCAAGUCGGGCAGUGUUGAACAGCCGCAGAGCUCCACUCACUACCGCAAAGAACGAGACCGGGACAUGCCCUCCACUCACACCAUCACAUCUUCUGGUCGUUCCUCAGCUCCACCUCUCCCCUCCAGCCUUUACAAGUCAUCCAGCACCACACACGGUGGUCACGGUUACCCCCGCAGCCAGUCAGCAUGCCCAUCUCCUGUCAGCAUGGGACGCUCACUAACACCUCUGAGCCUGAAGAGGCCACCGCCGUAUGACACUCUGAUGGCAGGAGGAAGUAUGCCUCGCUCUUCAUCUUCAUCUUCAUCAUCCUCACACAGGGCAGGUGAAGGAGGGGCUAAACUCAGUAACUCCUCCUCCACACAUGGGUCCAUGCAGAACAUGUCCGUGAGGUCACAGACUCCAACAAGUCCACUAGACGAACUCAACAACCUGUUUGCAUCAGGUAGACAGGUGAUGAAGAGGGGGUCAGGAGGGAGGAAGAGCAGGGAGGGUGAAGGAGAUGGCAAGUCCAGACAUGACAGUAAAGACAGAGAUGGACAGUCGAGUCCGGUUUCCAGCAGGAUGGGGAGGUCAUCUGUCAGUCCCACCAUGAUGCUGACGGGAGGAGGAGAACCGAAGUCUGCGGGUAAACUUGGCCGUUCAGCUUCGACUUCAGGAGUUCCUUCACCAGGUGGCACGCCACAUCGUCACCUGCAUGAGCCGCAUCACCUUGCCCUAAGCCAGAUGCCAUGGCUAUGUGGCGACGCCACCAUGAUGGAGAUGAUUGAGAAAAAGAGAGUUUUAUGUCGAGAGAUCAAAGCUCGUCAGCGGCCAGAUAAGAAUCUGUGCAAACAGGACAGUAUGCCCAUCCUGCCCAGCUGGAAGAGGAAGCAGCCACCGCCAUACUCGGCCUCGCCCACUGCCGCCGGCCAUGCUGCCACCGUGUUCUGGGACACCGCCAUCUGAAAGACAAAUACUCGCGCCAUGAAACACCCAAAACACUGUUGUGUAAAACGGAGAAACACAGCGAUGAUGAUCAUGAUGAGGUUCCAAAUGCACUGAAUGCUUUAAUGUGAUCAAAGAUGCUUUUCCUUCCUUGUUUCACGAGAGCAAGAGCAGAGCCACUGCUGAAAGUCACCAGACUAAACUUCUUUCUGCCCUUCUGAGCAUCUUCACAUUUUACAUGAAAUCAAGUUAUAAUGAAUCUAACAGUCAUGAAAGAGCAAAUGUUCUUCAGUUAUAUACAAAAACUGACAGUUGGACCUGCUCCUCUUUGUGGUAUGUUUGUCGUUUAAAGAAAGAACAUACCACAGUAAAGCUACAGAUAUCCUGAUGUGUCCAGAUCCAUCAAAAGAAUAAUCAGAGAAAUCAGUCAAUCUGUGCAGAGGGCAGUAAUGUUCACACGCACUCAGAGCCCUCGGCGACAGGAUGUAACAAGUCCUGGAGUCUGAACUAGGACCUCCAGGAAAAGGCACUGUCCAAAUCAGCGUCUUCACAAAGAAAAGGGGCGUGGUUUUUCAGUGAUCUGGAUAUUGAUUAGCCAAUCUGUUUCCUUGCAUGGGUUAAGCAGGAAGUUGCCCCUGAGGGUACCUGAUAAGCAGUCACCUCCUACGCAGUACAGCACACAUUAAAAGGACCAGAAAUGUCCUCAGUUUAAAGUCGACCCCCCCCCCCUCACACACACACACACACACACACACACUCAUGCAGGUGUUCUCCUGCCAUCCAAUCAGAGUCUAGAAGGGCGUGGUCAUUCCGGUGUAGCAGAGCUUUCUGUCGUCUUUCUACUUGUUAUUUUUCUAUCUGUAAAAGACUGAUGUUUUUUUUAAGUCUGACAGAUGUGUAGCAGAAAAAAGUCAUUUAUAAAGUGUGUAACAAAAAGGCUGAAAAUGUUGCUUAAUCGUGUUUUUAUAUUUAAAAAAUUAAAGGCUUGCUCAUCUGUGUGUGAAAGAAAUGUCAGGACGUGACCAUGUUUUAUACGGAAAACACUUUUAUUCAGAUGAGAAAAGCUAUUUUGAAAAGAGAAUAUUUUGACAGGUUGUUUGUUCGUCUGCUCUCAUCAGCUGCCCCCGACUGUCAUCAACAAGAGGGAGAGACAGCUUUGUCAGGGUCAAAGGUCACUUCUUUGGGGGCAGUAGAUGAUGAUGACGGUCUGCAGAAAGCUUUCACUUGACGAAUGCAGUUUAUUGAUCAUUGGUGAAUGAGCUGAUUGAUUAUCAUGAUGUCAAAUCAAAGCACUGAAGCAAAGCAUUAUGGGAUAUCAGACAAAGGUAAAUCAGCCUCAAGCCAAGUGGAGUCUGACUACAGACGGAGGACAGGAAAUCAUGUGACAUCAGCGACCUCGCUCUUCUGUAACAGAGGAGCAUCUCAGGCGGGGUUAUAAUCGAGUCAUGUGAUGUCUCCACCUCAGCUGAUUCUACAAACAUCAAAGUUUGACAGAGAAUUAUGAGGGCCCGUUCCUCGUGGUUGUGCACGCCCCGCCUGCUCGGCCACGUGUAAACGACUGCACGUGUCUUCCACUUCUGAGGUCACGUGACUUCCUGUCCGCCACAGAAGUUGGCCAUCUUGUCCGCAGCUGUUCUCGAAGCCAUGGGGAGAUUUCAUGUUUGGAUAUGCACACAAACUCUCACACUCGAUGUGAUCAAUACAGAGUGUGAUCAUGUGAUCUAUAGCGUCCUUGUUAACGAUUUGAUGCUUUUUGUUCCUGUAAUCAACCAAGUGCACUUCUUCAGUUUGUAAAAGUCGAUAUUAAAAUAAAACUUUAUUAACUCGU